UCGCUCCACCGGCGCAUGUUAUCGCCGGCGGCUUCUUCCACUUCGUCAAGGACUCGCAAGACCUCGGUUUCUCCCGCCGCCAGAGUUUCUCUCUCCACCGGCUUCCUCCCCUCCUCCUCCGCCGCCGCCGGCAGCAUCUCCGGCGAGUUCUCCGGCGCCAAACUCCCCCAAGUCCUCUCUCCGGCUUCCAAUCCCAGGUCCAGAGGCAAACGGGGCGUCGUCACCAUGGUUAUUCCUUUCUCCCGGGGAAGUGCAUGGGAGCAGCCUCCAGACUUGGCAUCUUACCUUUACAAGAACCGUAUAGUUUACUUGGGCAUGUCUCUUGUUCCCUCUGUGACAGAGUUGAUACUUGCAGAAUUUCUUUAUCUACAAUAUGAAGAUGCCGAAAAGCCUAUCUACCUGUACAUAAAUUCCACUGGCACGACAAAGGGCGGUGAGAAGCUGGGUUAUGAGACUGAGGCUUUUGCUAUUUAUGAUGUCAUGAGGUAUGUCAAGCCACCGAUUUUUACUCUGUGUGUUGGUAAUGCAUGAGAAGCUGCCUUACUUUUAGCAGCUGGCAAGGGGAACCGUUCUGCUUUGCCAUCUUCGACAAUCAUGAUGAAGCAGCCAAUUGCAAGAUUUCAAGGUCAAGCAACAGAUAUCGAUCUUGCCAGGAAAGAAGUGAAGAAUGUCAAGGCAGAGUUGGUUAAACUCUAUGCGAAGCAUAUUGGGAAAACACCAGAGGAAAUUGAAGCUGACAUCCGACGACCUAAAUAUUUUAGUCCUAGUGAAGCGGUUGAGUAUGGUAUCAUAGACAAGGUGCUAUACAAUGAGAGGAGCAGUGAAGAUCAUGGAGUUGUAUCUGACCUGAAAAAAGCGCAACUUAUAUGAUAAUGAUGCUGGAGAAUGAAAUUGCUAUUUAUACAGGGGAUUCAGGUGACACUGUCAAUAAAGGUUCUGACGUGUAAUUCCCAUCAACAUCAGAAAGCCUAGGUGUCAGCUAUGAAGUGGGAAUGAGACUCUAGCGCUCAAAGUAUUGGAUUUAUUGCUGGAAUGCCAUUAUACAUGUAUUUUCACAUCUGUAAGGUCUAUCUCGUGUAGUUGCAUAGGCAGCAUCAUUGUCUCUUUCUUAAUUUGAUUUGUCAACAGUUGAAACAAUAAGUAGGAAGAGCUUGUUAAUGUACUAUUUGAAUAAUGAUGUGGUUUUU